AUGGCCUCCAACACCCCCGCCCCAACCAGCGACGCCGGAUUCACAGCUCGCCAACAACAACAGCUGCAACAAAUGAUAGCUGAAGCGAUCGCCAGUAUCCCCAGGGAUGGCGGACCUCCCGGACCACCCGGCCCCCCCGGACCCCCCGGACCCGCGGCGAAACCUCAGGACCCUGAUGCCCCCUACACCGGGCAUUGGAAGCCCGACGAUCUCGGAUUCUUUGACCCAAACCUUGACGACAAGGACGCCAUAGGCACCGGAGACAUAGUAUACAUCGGCAACCACCCCUACUACCGGGACGUCCACCUGUUCACCGCGCGCGUCAAAGACGUAGCGCGCACCAAGGGCGAAGAGGCUGUCCGCCGUAACCUUACCACAUGCCUCCGCGGCACCGCGCUCGAAUGGUACACAGCAGAGCUAACGGACAUCGAGAAGGACUUCAUGAUCGAAGUCGAUAUCUCCCGGGGAUGGAUCCCCAGCCUCACCAAACGUUUCCAGCAACGCGCCACACAGGCAUGGACCGCCAUAAAGCGCGAUAGCUACACCCUAAAGGACGCGUCCGAAGGCCGCUCUGUCCGCUCUUACUGCCAAGCCAUCUUCCGCAAUGCCAAGAGCGCAGGAAUCUCCGACACCGCCGCCCAGCUUACGGCCGCUUACUCCAACAUAUACUGGGAGUUCCGCGCCCAAAUCACAGAACCCACCCCAGCCACCUCCAUGCAGGAUUUCCUCCGCGAGGUCGAAGGAGUCGCCUCCGGCUUCUGGCGGGCCCCUCCUCGCCUUUCCCCUACCGCGGCAGAGGCCGUGGACGCUACCCCUUUGCUCGCCCGCACGGCUACAGUCUCGAGCCUCGACGCGGAGCAUACGGACAAUACAGCGGUCGUGGCACAUACGGACAGUAUAACCGCCCCCAGGGAGACUUCCGCACCGUCACCAGCCAAGGCCCUGCCACCGGCCAACAACCGCAACCCGGAUACUCGCAAGGCUUCGAACAGGGCGUACAACGCGCCAUGCAAAACCUCCAAUACCAACUGCAACGCCAACAGCAGCAGGGCAACCAAGCCCCCAGCCAGCCUGACCUUAAAAACCCGGAACCUCAACUCCUCCUCACAGCCCCACCACGAGGGAACUUCAACAGGCCUAAAGCAUACAAUAACCACCCAGCAAGAUACAAGCCCAGACGCAGCCGAGGAACAAGACGACCAACAAGACGCACUUUACGGCAACCCCCGAGGACGAUGUGCACACAGGCGGCAGCUACGAACCCCCCUACUUCCGCGCCGAUGGAUACUACGUCGACGACAUCGCCGACAACGACGAGUGCCAAACCACUCCUUUUCACUAGCCGAUGAUGCCCCCAAGGCGGAGGGUCAACAGCAGGAAGCUGUCAGCACAUUUAUGCAUAAUGACCAUAUCCUUAUUGUCUCCUGCAAGCACUGUAAAGCAUCCUUUACAUCGAACACCAAGUUACACAAGCAUAUUCGCCAACUAUGCUGUUCCCCAAGUCCUAUCAUUACCAACGCCAACACCGCUACACCCCACACUCCCAAGCUAAUCUCAUCCAAUGCCCCUCCCCACACCGACGCACCCGGCUCCGCCUUCCGCUCCUGGCGUUAUAUCACGGCGUCAGUUUACAUCAAGGACCCUACCAAGCUAACCUCAAUCUGCCUCGACUCCGGCUGCACGAUGAGCUCCGUCAGCAAAGACUGGGUGCUUGAACAGCACCCAACGAUCACCCUUCUCCCUUCAGACCUCAUCAAGAUCAAAGGCCUAGGCGACCAGCUCCACGACUCUACUGAAUAUGUGAACCUGCCAAUUCACCUACCCGGCAAGGACCCCAACGACAACCCAGUCACAGCCAGAAUUACCCGGGAGGUUCACAUAAUAAAAAACACAUCUGCAAUCCCACUAAUUGGUAUCGACAUUCUCGGGCCUGAAGGCUUCAUCCUAGACCCCCAGCGCCGGAUAGCCACCAUCCGCGCCUGCGGCGACACUGUCAUCCCUAUAUCCGUCACUCCAAAGCCCCACCGCAAGCCCGACCGCCCCAUAUACUCCGCGCACACCCUCACGGUCCCCGCACAGUCAUACGCCCUCGUCCCCAUAUCAUACAGAGGAACACUUUUCCCCGACCGUGACUACAUGUUCACCCCGCACCAUUCCACCGCCACUCUAUUCGCCGCAAUCACCGACAGUCAGUUCCAAGCUGUCCCCAUCCAAAACGCGAACCCCAGGCCGCUCACGAUCCCCGCCAGGACACGACUCGGCACCCUCGGCGAUUAUGACAUGACAAACGAAGUCAGAGUCUGCCAAGCCGACGCCCUGGCAGCCUACUCCAGCAGGCCAGAGCCCUCCAACCCCCUCCGUACCGAACAUCUGACCACCAGCGGUACAACAAUCUACGGCGACGACAACACAGCAGCACGCCUAGCAGAGGUUCUCCAAAGAUACAACAUCUGGAAUGACAAGGGCAACAUCGCCAAUGUCUCCCCCGACAGAUGGAUGCGAAUUCCCCUGCACAAGGACUGGCGCAAGGACUUCAGGAAAGCCAAAGUUUACCCCCUAUCUCCCAGGGAUAAGGACAUUGUUGAUUCCACUUUCGACGAACUACACACCCACGACCGCAUGGGAUGGACCACGGAGCACACCCCAUUCGGCGCGCCAGUCUUCGUGGUAUGGCGAACCGUUUUCAUCCACGGUAAACCGAUAGAGAAAGGUCGUGUAGUGAUCGACAUCCGAAACCUCAACAAGAUCACGGAGAAAGACAAUUACCCUAUGCCUCGCCAAACUGACAUCCUCAACGCCCUCAUCGGCAAGAAGUUCAUCUCCGUUAUCGACGCCACCAAAUGGUUCUAUCAAUGGCGUGUACACCCGGACGACCAGCACAAGCUGACCGUCAUAAGCCACCGCGGUCAGGAGCACCUUAAAGUCGCUGCCAUGGGUUUCUGUAACAGCCCCCAACAUGUACAACGCCAAAUCGACUACGAGCUCCGUAAGCACAAGGAUUACGCCAAGGCAUACAUCGACGACUUGGUAAUCUUUUCCGACAACCUCGAGAGCCACAUCACACACCUCAACGCCGUCUUCCUGACUCUCGAGAACCUAGGCGUAGCCCUAAACCCCGAGAAGUCUUAUAUCGGAUUCCCCACAGUCACCUUGCUCGGACAGCGCGUAUCGUUGGGUGCUGUUCAAGCACCCAGUCUUUGCUGA